AUGAACAAUACAACCAGCUUGGCACUGUUGGGAGCCGGCAGCCGGGAGGAGUUACCGACGCACCGAGCUUUAACAGGGUGCGUCCUGGCGCUGCUCAUCAUCUGGACACUUCUCGGCAACUUAACGGUGUGCGCAGCUGUUUGUCGCUUCCGGCACCUGCGUACCAAAUUAACCAACAUUUUCAUCGUGUCGCUGGCUCUGUCGGACCUCCUGGUCGCCGUGCUGGUGAUGCCGUGGAAAGCUGUGGCUGAGGUGGUCGGUUUCUGGCCGUUUGGAGGGUUUUGUAAGACCUGGCUGGCCUGCGACAUCAUGUGCUCCACGGCCUCCAUCCUCAACCUGUGCAUGAUUAGUGUGGAUCGAUACUGGGCCAUCUCCAACCCCUUCCUUUACGAGAGGAGUAUGAACAAGAAGGUGGCCUCUGUUAUGAUCGGCGUGACUUGGACAGUCUCUGUGGUCAUCUCCUUCGUUCCCGUGCAGCUGAACUGGCACCGGGCGGAGCUCGGUGUCCCGGCCGGGGAGGACUUGGCACUUCACGGUAAGAGUGUUGAUGGGAGCUGUGACUCCAGCCUGAGUCACACGUACGCCAUAUCCUCCUCUCUCAUCAGCUUCUACAUCCCCGUUGCUAUUAUGAUUGUCACAUACACCCGCAUCUACCUGAUAGCCCAGACGCAGAUCCGGAUGAUAUCUUCACUGGAGCGGGCGGCCGAGCACGCACGGAAUUGCCGCUCGGACGUACCUGAAUUGUUUCCUCACCUGUGUGCGGAAAUCAGUGCCAACUCUUAUCAGUCUCAAAUCAGGCUUCAUCCUAAUUAUCAGCCCUCUAACCCCUUACACCGCGAUCUGAACGUCUCUAUCAGAAAAGAGACAAAAGUCCUAAAAACUCUGAGCAUCAUCAUGGGUGUUUUUGUCUGCUGCUGGCUGCCCUUCUUUGUCCUGAACUGCGCUCUGCCCUUCUGUCCCGGACCAGGGGCCCCGGCCGCCGAGCGUGGCCCUUACUGUGUCAGUGAAAAAACCUUCGAUGUCUUCGUGUGGAUCGGCUGGAGCAACUCGUCCCUGAACCCGAUCAUCUAUGCAUUCAACGCGGACUUCAGAGACGCUUUUCUGCGCCUGUUGCGUUGCCGGGGAAGAGGGUGCUGGGCCGCAGUGAGCGCAGCAGUGGAGACGGCGAUGGCGAGUAACGAGGCCGGUCACAUGAAGCAGGAGAGCCCACUGAACGUGAAGCUAGGCAUCUCGUAUACUAUGAACACGAGGGGGAGCGAGGAUAGUGGGAACACCACGGUGACUGUGUUUUCACACAGAGGGACAACUUCGGAGCAGGUGCUGGACACUGAGGAGAGUAACGACAAAGACAGACUGACGCAUAUACCCAUAUAG